AUGGGUUCACACACAUCGAAAAAAUAUGGGUCUUCUCGUAAGCUUCAAUUACGUGUGCCUAAAUAUGAUUUAAAUCAUUUUGGUGUUGUAACUGUUUUAUUUAAUCCAAUUAAAUAUAAAUCACGUUAUGAAUCAUAUCAUAAAUUUGAUGAACAUAUGUCACGCUCAGGUGUUACUUUACUUACUGUUGAAUGUAUAUUUGAAUCACCUGAAUCAAUGGGUUUACCAAAACAAAAAUUUGAAAUUACACGAGCAAAUGAUCCGCGACAUUUACAAAUUUCAGCACCAUCAGUUCUUUGGUUAAAAGAAAAUUUAAUUAAUAUUGCAGCUAAAUGUUUACCCUCAUAUGUAGAAUAUAUUGCUUGGCUUGAUGCUGAUAUAGAAUUCGAGCGUUUGGAUUGGCCUCAUUUAACAAUAUAUCAAUUACAACAAUAUCCUAUUGUUCAACUUUUCGAAUUAUGUUCCUUUUUGGGUCCAUCAGGUAAAAGUCAAAUUUUACGUCAAGAUUAUUCAUUUGCUUAUGCAAUCCGUCAUGAACAACGUAUUGAUCCACGUCGUUCAUCCGAAUGUUUUGUUCAUCCUGGUUAUGCUUGGGCAAUGCGUCGAACUACUUUUGAUGCUAUGGGUGGUCUUCUAGAUUUUUCGAUACUUGGUUCAGGUGAUAUUCAUUUUGCGUAUGCAUUAAUAAAUCGUAUUGAAGAAACUAUACCUGAUGGUAUAGAUGAAGAUUAUCAAACUUUAGCUAAAGUAUGGGGUCAACGAAUAGCUCAAAUAGCUGGCAAUGGUAGUUUCGUUGGUUAUAUUCCGGUUAAUAUAUGCCAUUAUUGGCAUGGAAAUCGUGUUGAUCGAGGUUAUUUUGAUCGAUGGACAAUUCUUGAACGUUGUCAAUUUUCUCCAUUGAAAGAUCUUGAAAAGAAUAAUCAAACAGGUUUACUUCGUUUAACUGAUUAUAGUCGUUCCGAAGAAGUAGAAGCAAAGAAACGUUCAGAAUCUAUUGAAAAAAUGAUAAUAUCAUAUUUUCGAUCACGUAAUGAAGAUAAUCUAAAAAAGUCUGUACCAGCAAUUAAUCUAGCAAUGAGAAAUCCAAAAUCAAGAAUUUUAUCAAAUGAUGCUGUACGUCCAAGUAAUACUAUACCACCAUUCUCUCGAAAAUCUUGGACAACAGAUAUUGACCGAACAUAUAAUGCUGAUGAUUAUAUUCAUGUACAAGAUACACGUUCAGCUCAUCAUACAGUUGGAACAAAUUCCCUUUCUGCAGAAAUGCUUAAUGAUUCUUUUUUUCAUCCAUCUAUACGUGAAACUUCUAGAAAACAUCGUAAUCAAGAUUUUCCCGCACAACUUGUAUAUUAUGAAGAUGAAUAUGGACAUGAUUAUCCUGAAGCACCGGGAGAGAUUUCAUUUUAA